UCACUCAUUUCUUAUGCUGCUCAAUUUCCUUCCAUAUCCUGCAGAAAUGGGCGGCUAGUUUUAAGGAGAGGCGCGGUUUCUUUUAGUUGCUACUCCAUUUUCUUUCGUUCUUAUCAGAGACGAUGAUCGAUGGAUAGAGGGAUAGAGGAGGGAAAGUGUGUAGCUCCCAAGAAAGGGACCCAACCAGUUCACCGCCUUAUUGGCGUGGGAAAGGCGCCUUCUCCUUCCAGAAAAGGAGCCACUCCCAACCAGAGGGAAGGGGUCGAGGGAGCGCCCACUCGUCGCCAAGAGGUCCUUGGUUGAAUGACAAGGCUCGUCCGCGUAGCCCCCACCGCCGCCGAUGGCCUCCAAUUUAAAGGAGCGCCUUCUCCCUCCCAAGCCGGCCACCGCCGCCAACCGGCCUCUUUUCCAGGGCCUCGACCUCUCCGGCCUCAAGAAGCGCGGGCAUGGCGUCCGCUCUUGGAUCCGCAUUGACAGUUCCGGAGACUCCCAGGUCGUGGAGCUCGACAAGCUCGCGGUCAUGCGCCGGUGCGACCUCCCCGCCCGCGACCUCCGCCUCCUUGACCCUCUAUUCGUCUACCCGUCCACCAUCCUGGGCCGUGAGAAGGCUAUCGUCGUCAACCUCGAGCACAUCCGCUGUAUUAUCACCGCGGACGAGGUCCUCCUCCUCAAUUCCCUCGAUAGCUACGUCAUUCAGUACGUCGUCGAGUUGCAGCGCCGCCUCGGCUUCGAGCGUAGGAGCUUCUCGCCGUCGGCGAACAAUUUCGAGGACGGGUUUGGCGGGUCGUCGCCGACGGAUGGCCUGCCGUUCGAGUUCCGCGCGCUCGAGGUGGCGCUGGAGUUAGCGUGCACGUUUCUUGAUUCUCAGGCAGCAGAUCUAGAGAUAGAAGCAUAUCCGUUGUUGGAUGAGCUGACCUCAAAGCUAAGUACUUUAAAUUUGGAACGAGUACGGAGAUUGAAGAGCAGGCUUGUUGCUUUGACUCGUAGGGUUCAGAAGGUGAGGGAUGAGAUAGAGCAGCUUAUGGAUGACGAUGGAGAUAUGGCUGAGAUGUAUUUAACUGAAAAAAAGCUGAGGAUGGACUCCACAUAUGGUGAUCAAUCCAUGAUAGUUUAUGGCUCAAUCGGAGCAGGGGUAUCAGUCUCUGCUCCUGUUUCCCCUGUCUCUUCUCCUCCAGAAUCUCGAAGACUGGAGAAGAGCCUAAGCAUUGGCAGAAGCAGGCAUGAGAGCAUGAGGAGCACGGAAAGUGGCGAGGACAUUGAAGAGUUGGAAAUGCUACUCGAAACCUAUUUUGUUGUUAUUGGGAGCACGCUGAACAAACUAACAUCGCUGAAGGAGUACAUUGACGACACAGAAGACUUCAUAAAUAUACAGCUGGACAAUGUCAGAAAUCAGUUGAUUCAGUUCGAGUUGCUGCUUACAACCGCAACGUUUGUGGUGGCAAUUUUUGGAGUAGUAGCGGGCAUCUUUGGCAUGAAUUUCUCAAUAUCAUUGUUCGAUGAACCAGAUGCAUUCAAGUGGGUUUUGUUGAUCACUGGUGCAUGCGGGUUGCUGAUUUUCUGUGGAUUCGUGUGGUUUUUCAGACACAGAAGACUGAUGCCUUUGUAAUUUGUACAACGUGUGAUAUGUCUUUUCAAAAUAUCAGUGAUAUGUCUUCCCAAAAUAUCAGAAAAGAAAGUACACUAUAUAUUCAGAAGACAAUACCUGGCCUUAUAGUUUUUUUUUUAAACUCUGUAUAUUCAGAAAAUGAUACUUGGAUAAACGAUGGAAUUUUUUUCUUCUCCA